AAGGGGGGAAGAAACGAAAACGAAAAAAAAAAAAUCUCUACCAAAGAACACUUGCAAAACCCUCGCCCGCUACCCCCCUCUCCCGAUCCCCCCGGCGGCUGACCUGAUUCGCGUUCUCAGUCUCGGGAUCCGGGCGCUCGCGGCGAUGGACAGCGGAGGCGGCGCGGAGGGGGAGCUCACGGCGCAGGAGACGGCGCUCUACGACCGCCAGAUCCGCGUCUGGGGCGUCGAUGCCCAGAAGAGGCUGAGUAAGGCGCACGUGCUUGUGUGCGGCAUGAACGGAACCACCACCGAGUUCUGCAAGAAUAUUGUUCUAGCAGGAGUUGGUAGUUUAUCCUUGAUGGAUGAUCACAUGGUCACGGAGGACGAUCUGAAUGCAAAUUUCCUGAUUCCUCCAGAUGAGAGCAUAUAUGGUGGUAGAUCUCUAGCCGAAGUUUGCUGUGAGUCUUUGAAAGAUUUCAAUCCUAUGGUCCGAGUUUCUGUCGAAAAGGGUGAUCCAUCACUGAUUGAUGGAGAAUUCCUCGACAAGUUUGACAUCAUUGUAGUUAGUGGUGCAUCUCUUAAAACAAAGCUGUUUAUUAAUGAAAACUGUCGGAAGAGAAGCAAGCGUAUUGCAUUUUACGCUAUAGAUUGCAAGGAUUCUUGCGGUGAGAUAUUUGUUGAUUUACAGAAGCAUAGCUAUGUUCAGAAAAAGCCUGGAGGAGAAAGUGAACCGCAGGAAUUGACAUAUCCUAGUCUUCAGGAAGCUAUAUCUGUAUCUUGGAAUAAUCUACCAAGAAGGACCGCAAAAUUAUACUUUGCCAUGAGAGUUUUGGAGAAUUACGAAUUAUCUGAAGGACGCAGUCCUGGUGAAACAACGCUUUCUGAUAUACCUGCAGUUUUGGCUCGGAGGAAGGACAUGUGUGAUAACAUGUCUUUGAGUGAGUCUCAAAUUCCUACUGCUCUCAUUGAACGACUGGUAGCAGCUGGAAAGAAGGAACAUCCUCCUGUAUGUGCCAUCCUAGGUGGUAUUCUUGGUCAGGAGGUGAUUAAAUCAAUAUCCUGCAAGGGUGAUCCAAUCAAGAAUUUCUUCUAUUUUGAUGCGGCUGACGGUAAAGGUGUCAUCGAGGAUAUCCCACCACCACCACCUUCUGUGAACUGACAUGCUCAGCUGCCUAACUACCUACUCUACCUGGUUCACUAAUCCUUGUACCCACCUCAUUAGCAUCAGAACAUGUAGAAACUUUUAGAUUCAUAGCCAACUGGAAUCGAAUGUGGCGUCUUAGGAAUUGUAUCGAGCAACAGACGUGUCAGUAUUGCACUAACAAUUUCAAGCUGAGUCUCGAUGGUUUCCAUACUUUCCGGAUGAUGGAUUUCUUUGUCGUCUCUUUA